CUGGAGUAUACGAAUCUCUCUCUCUCUCUAGCUUCGUGUUUAAGGAUCCUUUUAGGUAGUUCGGAUCUAAUUAGCAGGCCUUGAAUUCAAAGGGUGGACCAAAUAAUUAGACGUUGUAAUUCAGACCAAGCCGCUCGGGCAAAUCUGCAUGUGAAGAUCGCGAGUCUGUCCCAUUUAGAGAGAGAGAGAGAGAGAGAGAGAGAGAGAGAGCUGUUGAAGUACAAGGUUGGGUGAUUCUGGACCAAACAUUGAAGAUAGAAUUGUAAAAGAUUGAUUUCAAGCAGUACCCCCCAACCCCAUAAAUAGUCUGGCUGCCGAUCUCCCUCCCCAUUUCAAACCCCUGGCAAGCUUCAGAGGAAGGAACAUCCAGCAGAAAGAUGUGGAGCUAGCUAUCAGUUGGAUGCAUGUGCUUACCUUCCCAUGCAAGCAUUUCUGUACCUCAACAGACUUCCCCAACUGCAAGUCUAAAUGGUUCACUGGAGUUAUAUUCAGAGCCUAUAGCCAACCAAAAUGGGCAGUAUGCAGAGUUCUCAGCACUCUGUUCCUUAAUCUCACGGAGAAACAGAGAGACAGAGGCUCGCAGACACAAGAUGGGUAAUUACUCGGAGGGACACAUUUGCCACUGCCUACGACGGCUGGCGACCGUGCGGCGUAAUGCAGUGGUAACGAUCAGCGGGGACCGACGAAAGACAGGUGAGCAAUUUGUGGAGGACGUUUUGUGCCUGGCUUUUGGGCUGCUGGAACUUGGCAUCGGCGCCGGUGACGUUGUCGCCAUCUCUGCUUUGAACAGUGAUUUGUACUUGGAGUGGUUACUUGCCAUUGCGUUUGUAGGAGGAAUAGCUGCUCCUCUGAAUUAUCGAUGGAGCUUCGAUGAAGCAAGAUCGGCAAUGCUGCUUGUGCAGCCAGUUAUACUGGUUACCGACGAGAGCUGUCAGAGCUGGUACUCAAACUUCCAAAAUAAUGACAUAACUUCCCUGAGAUGGCAUGUUUCUUUCACUUCUCCCUCCUCAGAUUGCAUGAAGACAUGGAAUGUAUUAACUACUGAAAUUCUCAAGAAGCAUUCUGGAAUGUCUCUACCAUUGAACUACCGCUGGGCAAGUGAGGGUGCAGUUGUGAUUUGCUUCACUUCAGGAACUUGUGGGAGGCCAAAGGGAGUCACCUUAACCCAUGCUGCCUUGAUCGUACAAUCCUUGGCAAAACUCGCCAUUGUUGGUUACGAUGAGGAUGAUGUUUAUUUGCACACAGUGCCACUGUGCCACAUUGGUGGUCUCUCAUCAGCCAUGGCCAUGCUAAUGGUUGGAGGUUGUCAUGUCAUGAUACCUAAGUUUGAGCCUAAAUCAGCCCUCACAGCCAUAGAGCAAUAUAGAGUAACUUCUCUAAUCACCGUCCCUGCAAUGAUGGCUGAUUUUCUUUCUUUAAUUAGGCAGAAGGAAAAUUGGAAAGGGAAGGAUACUAUGAAGAAGAUAUUAAAUGGAGGUGGAAGCCUGUCAAUUGAGCUUAUCAAGGAUGCCACCUUAUUCUUCCCAAGAGCUAAGCUUCUCACAGCUUAUGGAAUGUCAGAGACAUGCUCUUCGCUGACCUUCAUGACCCUUCAUGAUCCAAGAAUGGAAACAUCCAGCAAGCACAUCAAGACAAUUGCUGAUAUGAAACAUUCAUCCGUUCACCAAACACAAGGUGUUUGUGUUGGCAAGCCUGCACCUCAUGUUGAAUUAAAGAUAUGUACAGAUGGCUCUUCUCACAUUGGAAGAAUUUUAACUAGAGGUCCACAUGUAAUGCUUGGCUACUGGGGUCAAAUUCCAGUAGAGGCAUCUGAUUCUACUAAUGAAAUCUGGCUUGACACUGGUGACAUUGGGUCCAUUGACAAGUAUGGAAAUUUAUGGCUAACUGGACGUGCAAAUGGUAAAAUUAAGAGUGGAGGGGAGAACAUUUAUCCCGAAGAGGUGGAGGCAAUCCUGUUACAACAUCCUGGGAUAAUUGGCAUUGUCAUUGUUGGGAUUCCGGAUGAUAGACUGACAGAGAUGGCUAUUGCUUGUAUUCGAUUGACAGAAAAUUGGCUUUGGUCUGAUACAAAAGUUAUACACUCGGCAGAAAGUGGAGGGCUAGUCUUAUCUACUGAAAUUCUUCUACGCUAUUGUAGAGAAAAGAAUAUAACUGGCAUUCCAAGAUAUAAGAGAAUUGCUGAACGUAGGGGGACUGUCUGCCAUUUGGGGCAGUUAAGAGUCACAAAAGGCUGUGACUUGAAGAUUACUCAAUGUAUGAAAGAGACCAUAGCUUACAGAACCUUUCAAGUAUCGCUUGACUCAUUUUGCUGAAGGCCAAUGUAAGGAAGUGGGUUAAAUUAUGCAUGUGCUGGCAAGCUGAUUGAUAGGAUAAGGCUGUCUCAAAUUUUCUACAUGUUUUGUAGGAAGAGCACCAACAACACUGCUGAACUCAGCUGAAUCAGCGAGCCAGUCACCAUCAGAUUUAGACAACUUGAACCUUGAAGAACAUGAAGACUAAGAAAGUUUAUCAACCAACAUUUGAGAAUUAUGAAGAUCUAUGUCUAUGAAGUGUUCAGGUUGUGCCAACAAAGAAAUUGAGAGGGCCUGUAUCUUUAAUGAGAUACUCCAACUAUAGUUAAGAUAGAUUAAAUAACUAAGGAACGUGUGCGUGUAAUAAUUUUGCCAUCGACAUAAAUGAGUAUAAAUCUAUGAAUGUUAUAACUA